GACAAGAAAAGAGUGCAAGGAGAAGGAGAGGAUCCUAAUUCCUUCUUUAUCCGCACAUAGUUUUGUUCGGGAUCGCAAUGUUCGUUCUCCACAUCUCUCUCCCUCAUCGAUUUCCCUCGAUCCUCACACCGAGUCUUCUCUAAUAUCUCUCUUGUUUGUCCUCUAGAUUAUCUCUCAAUGCUAAUGUCUGUCUACGGAGUAAUCGAUCCUUGCGGUCAAUCUUUAUUUAUUUGUUUCUAAUCCAUCUUUCAGUGCGGAAUCCAUCAGAUCUAAUCUUUUUUUUUUUUUCAUCUUUUGAUAUGUUCUAUCUGAUUUGACUUCUGGGUCGUCAAAACUAGAGUUUUUGAGCUUAUAUUCAUCUAUUCCUCUCUGGGUUUGUUUCAAAUCGCUAGAAACUAAUUGAAAAUCGAAUCUUUUUGUGAUGCUUGAUUGAUUCAAUAACUGGGUUUUGUCUCAAAUAUGGUUACUGUCAAUCUAGGGUUGCUUCAUUAUGUAUUGGACCAUGUAUAUGGUGCUUUUGUUCAUAGAACAAAGAUAAGCCCACCAUUUUUUUCGAGAGGAUGGGGUGGAACAAAACUUGAUCUUUUAGAGAAAUUGAUCAAACAGCUAUUCCCUGAGGUUGAAGGACAGAACUGGCCUCCUGUUUUGGUUCAACCCAUUUGGAGAACAGUUUGGGAAACCAAGACUGCUUGUUUGAGGGAAGGGGUUUUCAGGACACCUUGUGAUGAGCAGCUUUUAAGUGCAUUGCCUCCUGAAAGUCACAAUGCAAGGGUUGCUUUUCUUUCCCCUAAAUUCGUGCCGCCGCAAAAGAUGGCCUGUGUGGUUCAUCUUGCAGGCACUGGGGACCAUACUUUUGAGCGGAGAUUGCGUCUUGGAGGCCCUUUAUUGAAGGAAAAUAUAGCAACCAUGGUGCUUGAGAGUCCUUUUUAUGGACAAAGGCGUCCAAUGCUUCAGCGUGGUUCAAAACUCUUGUGCGUGAGUGACUUGCUGUUACUAGGAAGAGUCACCAUCGAAGAGGCCCGCAGUCUUUUAUAUUGGCUAGACACUGAGGCAGGGUUUGGCAAGAUGGGUGUUUGUGGACUUAGCAUGGGGGGAGUACAUGCUGCUAUGGUUGGAUCUUUGCACCCUACACCUAUUGCUACACUACCAUUUCUUUCUCCACACUCUGCUGUUGUGGCAUUCUGUGAAGGGAUAUUAAAGUAUGCCACUGCAUGGGAGGCAUUGAGAGAAGAUCUCGCCGUGCAGAAGGCUGCAAUGACUCUCGAAGAAGUGAGAGAGCGAAUGCGAAAUGUUUUAUCUCUCACAGAUGUCACUCGAUUUCCAAUACCCAAAAAUCCCAAUGCUGUUAUAUUUGUUGCUGCCACUAUUAUAGGGAUCCUUGAUUUCUGUUGGGUCCAUGUUCUUCCUUGGCAUUCCAGGAUGAUGGGUACAUCCCAAAGCACUCAGUGUUGGAGCUUCAAAAAGCUUGGCCUGGCUCAGAAGUGAGAUGGGUUACUGGGGGCCACGUCUCAUCCUUCCUUCUUCACAAUGGAGAGUUUCGCAAAGCAAUUGUUGAUGGACUCAACAGAUUACAGUGGAAGGAAUCUUCUUUGUGAUGGUGGCACAACUUUAAAUUAUUGGUUAUUUUUUAUCAUCUGAUAUCCCCAUUAAACCUGUAAGUGAACUAUGCCCCAUGUCUGAAACGCCUCGUGAAGGUUAGGAACAAAAGGGGUUCUUGUACCUUUAUGUAACUUCAUAUUCUUGUGUUUCCUGAAACAAACUUUCCUGAUUUUUUGGAAAGGAUGUAAACUUAUCCGCAUAACCAAUAAAUUGCUGAUGUUUUUAACGGCAUCUA